GCGUUCCCUCCCCAUAUCCGGGCUCCUAGCUUCAGCUUCUCUGUUUGCUUUUCGGUCGCAGCCAUGGAGCGGCGGCGGCGGCGGCCACUGCUGCCCGGGCUUGCCUGGAGCUCCUUCUGCCUCCUGCUGUUGCUGAGGCUGCUGUGCAGGGGCGCCGCUGCCCCCCACAACUCCGGGGCUGUUGCUGCUGCGCCCUUGCUCUGCAAUGUCAGCUUGGACAGCGCGCCCGAGGACCGAUGGAAGCCUGUCCUGCGCCACUUCGACCCGGAGUUCCUGCGAGCUGCUUUCUUCCAGCUCAUCGACGAAGUGGUUCCCAAGUGGGUUCAUGCUAUUAUCCGUCCUCUGGCAGAAGAAAUAGAAUCCUUUGCUCCUCAGCCCUUUGCAGGCGAGAUCCGAGGACUUUGCCAAGCCCUGGGGCUGAAUGUUGGGGAUGGGCUGCUCCUCAAUUUGGCCUACGAAUCUACUGCAUUCUGCACCAGUAUCAUCGCUCAGGAUAACAAUGGGAACAUAUACCAUGGCCGGAAUAUGGAUUAUGCUUUUGGAGAUAUUUUACGCAAGACAACCAUUGAUGUGGAGUUCAUAAAGAAUGGACAGGUAAAGUUCAGAGGUACGACGUUUCUUGGUUACGUAGGCUUAUGGACAGGACAAAGUCCACACCGGUUUACAGUUUCUGGAGAUGAGAGAGAUUCUGGCGAGUGGUGGGAGAAUGCCAUUGCUGCUUUCAUAAAUCGAAAUACUCCAGUCAGCUGGCUGGUCAGGACUGUUUUGAGCGACGCUGAAGACUUUGAGGCUGCUGCUCUCAUGCUGUCCAAGACACCGAUUAUAGCUGACGUCUACUACAUCAUUGGGGGCACCAGACCCAGAGAGGGGGCAGUCAUUACGAGAAGGAGAAGCGGUCCAGUAGAUAUUUGGCCCUUGGAUCCUCUGACCGGAGGGUGGUACCGGGUGGAGACAAACUACGAUCACUGGACAACCCCUCCUCCUUUUGAUGAUCGAAGAACCCAUGCUAUGAAGGCAAUGAAUGCAACCGGACAGAAAAAUAUUAAUCUCGAGUCUCUCUACAAAGUGCUAUCCGUACAGCCAGUCUUAAACAAGCUCACAAUUUAUACCACUGUAAUGAGUGCUGCAGCCCCCAGCAAGUAUACGACAUGGAUCAGAAACUUGGAAUGAAAAUGAAUCAUGGAAGGAUUUGGAGAAAUGGGCUUCCCCCAGAACCCACAUCGAGAUUUCUGCUCCCCUGGACAAGCAGUUCAGUACAUUAAUGGGGAAAAUUACCAUUCUGUUCUUUUACAAAGAACAACAGACUACAGUGGAAAUUCACUAAAUGUGGCUGACUGCAUAGAACUUGAAAUAAUCCUUCCCACCUAUACAGGAAUGCAACUAAGUGUGAAGCAUAAUCAUCUGAAUAUGAUUUCCAACAGAUGAUGCUUUGAAGGCACAUCAUGAUGCAGGAACCUUGAGGAAAUGAAGCAGGUCUGAGUCUGGUGGGUGCCUGGGAUGACAGAGUACCUGGUAACCCUAUUGAUGAUGCCUUGAUUUCUACAGAAGAACAGCAAGAUGGAAGCGCAUCAAAUUGUGCCAAGAGUAUGCGCAGCUGUGGCCAGUUCCAGAGAAUGAUGGUCUAGAGCAUUCGCUGGGCUCACUGCGUAGCCAAAAGACCCAGCGCCCCCAAAACCCUGCCACUUUGCACAUGGCACUUGAGAAAGUUAGGGACUGCACAAUGUUGUUGUUGUUUAGUCGUUUAGUCGUGUCCAACUCUUCGUGACCCCAUGGACCAUAGCACGCCAGGCACUCCUGUCUUCCACUGCCUCCCCCAGUUUGGUCAAACUAAUGUUCGUAGCUUCAAGAACACUGUCCAACCAUCUUGUCCUCUGACGUCCCCUUCUCCUAGUGCCCUCAAUCUUUCCCAACAUCAGGGUCUUUUCCAAGGAUUCUUCUCUUCUCAUGAGGUGGCCAAAGUAUUGGAGCCUCAGCUUCACGAUCUGUCCUUCCAGGGAGCACUCAGGGCUGAUUUCCUUAAGAAUGGAUAGGUUUGAUCUUCUUGCAGUCCAUGGGACUCUCAAGAGUCUCCUCCAGCAGCACAAUAUAAUUCUCAUUUUGCACCCCCCUCCUUCUCUUUGUAGGCUAAAGGCAUCUGUUGAAGGUGCUCUGCAUUUUAGAUGUAUAUAUAUAUGUACAUAUAGUAAUGCCCUGGUUCUGGUAAACAGAAGAUGAAGUUUAAAUAUUUUAAUGUUUGAAAUCUUAAGUCUUCAGACAGGACUGAAAAGUUAAUGGGUUGUUUUUUUAAUUGUCGCUCUUUGGAAUAAAAUGAUUGUUCUGCUGUUGAUCUUUGAUGAUAGGACUGUAAAUAAAUUGAUUUAUAAAGCA